AUGGCAGGUUCGAACUCCCGAAAGGCGUCCACGCCCUCUAAGGCGCCUCCUACCAAACGCAAUUCUAGCAUUUUGAGCUUCUUCCAAAAAACCGAUACUCCACAAAGACCUACGCAGACCCAGCUUCGCAUGUCACACUUUCUCACGUCCUCCCGAUCCCCGAGUUCCGGCCGCGGAACACCAGUACAACGUGCCGAUGUCGAAUCAAACGAGGGAUUGUUCCUCGAAGAUAAGAAAGGACUCGCGAAAAUGCAACAGAGCUUGAAUAAAGUCGAGACAAAAGUCAGACCACGGUCACGGACACCGGAUGACAUCUGGGCCGAAGAUGACACACGUUACAACGGAAACGAUUCUGCAAAGCGCCGCAAAACCGACGAAGCAACUGUGGUUAGCAAUGAACAAGUGGCUGAGACGAAACCAAAACCUGCACCCAGGAAAGCGACCAGUGGCCCCUUCAUCGAUGAAUCGGACAGCGAAUACGAAGACGAUAUGGAUGAAUACCGAGAAAUUAAAGACGAAGCCAACUCGAUGCCCAUUACACCAAUCAGUGGCGACCACGCCGGGGAUUCAUCUGCCGAGGCUGCGCAGCCGCCAUUGGUAAGAGACACGAAUUAUGCCGGAAAUGAAUACGAGAAUUUUGACGACGAGGAAGAAGAUCGAUUUGUAGGGGAGGAAUUUCAAGAAUCGCCAUGGGGGAAUGAGGAGGAUUUAAGGGUUGCACUUGAAGACGCGGAUGCAAUGAGUCCCGCGGAAGCAGAGGGGAUAUUUGGCAUCUCUGAUCUUACCUGUCCGGCAUGUCAGGGACAACUGGCUGGACUUGAUGAACGACAACGAAAUAUACACGUGAAUGAUUGUUUAGACGGAAAGCCCAGCUCGAUAAGCUUAAUCGAGUCGGUCCCUGAGAUCAAAAAAAAGAAAUCACCGACAUCUAAAUCGAUCGCGGAUGUAGUAAUGACCGACACUGAACGAGCUGCAAUCGCUCGACCCGCUCAACGUGAUCCUUAUUCCCAAAAUAAUACCAGCAGCCGAACUGCAUUCUCCAAAAUGAUGGCUGGAAAUGCAGAAGAUACAGCCUGGGCAGAUGCAGCGGCAGAUGAGGUAUCGUCUCGUGGGAAGCGGGCUUUUACACGGACAUGCCCAUUUUACAAGGUGAUGCCUGGGUUUUCAAUCACCGUGGAUGCCUUUCGCUACGGCGCUGUUGAAGGGUGCAAUGCCUAUUUUCUCAGUCAUUUCCACAGCGAUCACUACAUCGGGCUAUCCAAGUCCUGGUGUCAUGGUCCUAUCUACUGCAGCAGACCCACGGGCAAUCUUGUUAGACAGCAACUCCGAGUCGACCCCAAAUGGGUGAUAGACCUUGAUUUUGAGACCACAACUGAAGUGCCGAAUACCGGUGGCGUACAAGUCACCAUGAUCCAUGCGAAUCACUGUCCGGGCAGUUCCUUGUUUAUGUUCGAGAAGAGAUUUGGCAAUGGACCGAAUGCCCGCCAACAGAGAAUCCUCCACUGUGGUGACUUUCGUGCGUCCCCGGAUCAUUUACGCCAUCCAUUACUAUGCCCCAAUCCCACCAACCCAGCGACUGGCCAGCCAAGACAGCAGCGGAUCGAUCAAUGUUACUUGGACACUACAUAUCUCAGUCCCAAGUAUGCGUUCCCAAGCCAGGCGCAAGUGAUCUCUGCAUGCUCGGAACUUUGUGUACGGUUGAACGAAGAAGCAGGCGUGGGAUUGGACCUGGGGAAGGCAACCGGUAGUCUGAUGAACAAAUUCUUAUCGGUAACUAGUCCUGAACGGACGAAAGAGACAUCCGGAGGUCGUCUACUGGUAGUCAUUGGAACGUACAGCAUCGGCAAAGAACGAAUCUGCAUAGGAAUCGCCCGCGCCCUAGGAUCUAAAAUCUUCGCCACACCGGCUAAACAACGUAUCUGCGCCUGUCUCGAAGACCCAGAGCUCUCUGCACUGUUAACUACAGACCCCAAAGAAGCCCAGGUGCACAUGCAGACAUUGUUUGAAAUUCGGGCAGAAACAUUGGCCGACUACCUAGAUUCCCUAAAACCGCAUUUUUCCCGAGUGGUAGGGUUUCGCCCCACCGGCUGGUCCUAUCGGCCCCCCGCGGGGCGAAUGCUGGAGAACCCGCCGGUGCCGACAGUGCUGCGUGGUGAACACUGGAGAACGCCGUUUACGGUUGACCAUUUGACGCCACAGCGGGGUAGCACGCGGGAAAGUGCCUGUUUCGGCGUGCCAUACAGUGAGCAUAGUUCAUUUCGUGAACUUACCAUGUUCUGCUGUGCGCUACGGAUUGGACGAGUGAUUCCAACCGUCAAUGUGGGGAGUCAAAAAAGUCGAGAUAAUAUGAAGGCAUGGAUGGAUCGAUGGGAGGGUGAAAAGAAGCGAAAUGGCCUAUUUCCUGUAGAAGAUUGGUGA